UUUGGGUGAAAUUAUUUCUUAUGUCUACGGUCUACAGUCUACAGUAGUAUAUUGUGAAACAUUGAUAUGAGAAUAUAAUGAAAUAAUCCCACUCAUAAAUCAAAUCAUAUAUGGAUGCAGACGAUGCACGAACGAAAUACAAAAAAAUAUAAAUCCCGAUCGUAUUUUCUUUCCUUGUUUCUUCAACUCCUUUGUCCUUAUCUUAAUCUCGCACCUGAACUUAUAACUAUCAUCGACCUCCCAACUAAUAACAACACAAUUUCUGGAAAAUUUCGAAGAAAUAUGGCCAAAAUUGAAUCCUCUGAUAUUGAGAACCGACUACCAUGUGAUGGGGAUGAUGUUAAUGGUGAUUAUGAUGAUCAUAAUCAGAAGAAAAUUGACGUUGAUUGUGAUGAUGUACUCAAGUUCAUGGAUUCCCUUGAUUCUUACCUCCUAUUAGUCAACUCUGUCUCCUCCAUACUUCGCCAGGGAUGGUUUGAUUUUGCUAGUGCUCGUUAUUCCAUGGGAGCGUCACGUGUCAAUAGUGUGUUAUUGGAUCUUAAAGAACACUCAGCUGUUACAAAUUUGGACGUAACUAAAGGUGAUGAGCCACAUUUCACCCUUUGCAAGUGGGUAGCAGAUGAUGCUGAGGAUUCAAAAAAUUUGAAAGAGGGUAAUGAUGGGCUGUAUCAGAAAGCUAAUAGUAUGCGCCAGAGACACAAAGACAUAUCUCAAUUAACUGAAGUUGAUGAGAGCAGCUCACCAACUGGAGCCUCAAUCAGUGAAAAUGAUAAAGUACAAAAGGGACGAUCGAAGUCACUUGCUGUUUUUGGCACGUUAGUUUCUCCCAAAUUGCGAGCUGCUCAACUUUCAUUUGAGACAGCCCUGGAAAAACUGAUUGAAAUAGCAAACAUGCGAGCAUCGAUGCUUUAUGCAUUUGAAAAGAUACAGGAACACAUAGAUGGCAAUGAUGACCAUUGCUAGUUUUCAGGCUUAACAAUCUGUGGCAGAGUUGAAUGCUUCAUGGAAUCUUCAAAAUAACUCUCCCUAACAGAAGGAUGGUUCAUAUCAAAGCUCAAAUCGUAAAUGCAGUUGCAGUCGGUUUCUGCUGGGUCCGUAUCCAUCUUUCAUCUUUGUAAUCAAAUAUUAUUACUGACUGGAACCGUGUUGUGGAUGUCGAUGCGAAGAUCAGAAUUGUUGAUUCCGUCGGGACGACUGACAAUAAAACAUCAAUGACAUUUGCUAUUCAGCUUUUC